AUGUCGCUGAAUACAGCGGCCAAGCACCCAGAGACGAAAACGUUCGACGAGGGACUCGUACAGCGGUAUCCACCGCUGGCCAGUUCGCGUCGAACCAACAAACAGUCGAUACAGCCAGACAAGGCGCCGCCUUCCUCACUCGCCACAAGCGGCUACCGGGACGCCAUCAAGACGGAGAAUCAGAGGGGAAAGAAGAGAGCACGGGAGGUGGAGGAUGUCAAGGAGGAGGAUGUCGAUGAAGAGCCCCGGAAGAGGCACGCCGCGAACAAGGAAAAAGCGGCCCCCGGCCCCAGCGAGUACGACGAUGACGAUGAAGGUUUCAGGCCUAAGCGCAACAGGCGCAGGCCACCCCGCCCAUCCUUCUGCCAUCCAUCUUGCCAUGUGGAGAACCGUGACGGAGUCCAUGCGGCAGGUGCUGCUAACGUCCCGAUAGCUGCGCCAGCUGCGGUCGUUGCUCUGCCUGCCCCUGUGCAAGCCGCGCCAGUCGCUGCACCGAUGCCUGCCGCCGUCGCGCUUGCUGCGCAGCCGGCCCAAGGUGCCUUCGUCGUCAUACCGCCUCCGCUCGCCGCACUAGCUCCGCCCGCGCCGACUUACCUCCCGCCAAUCGCCCAGGUACUCGCUGAUCUCCCUAACCCACCGUACAACAUUGUGCUGCCUCCGAUCGACGCACACCAGCAUCCACCCGUCGCUACCUACCUCCCGCCAAUCGUCCAGGUACUCGCUGGUCUCCCUAACCCGCCGUACAACAUCGCGUUGCCUCCAAUCGUCGCACACCAGCCGGCGAUAACACAGAACCCCAGGAUGCAGCUGGGUUUCAUCAUGAUGUAG